UAAUGGCCGACCGUUGUUGUCAUUCUCGUCGACUUUUGAUGACGAAGAUGUACCUUCGGAUGACUUGCGCAAAAUACGAAGCGACAGAAAAACAUUUUCGGCGGUUUUGUUUAACUUUAGCAAGCUGGUGAGAGCUGUGACUUAACAGCACCACCAGUCAUUGGGUGUAUAUUUUAUUCUCGCUGACCGACUCCCCUCUUUGGUGAUGGAGUACGGAAAGGAGAGAGUGGUGGCGUUAGUAGACAUGGACUGCUUUUACGUCCAGGUGGAACAGAGGCUCAAUCCAGCUCUGAUGAACACUCCCUGUGUGGUGGCCCAGUACAAGACGUGGAAAGGAGGCAGUAUCAUAGCUGUGAGCUACGAGGCCAGGGCCCAUGGCGUCACCAGGAACAUGUGGGUGGACGAUGCAAAGAAACUGUGCCCAGAUCUCCAGGUGGCACGAGUGCGUGAGUCUCAUGGCAAGGCGGACCUGACACAUUACAGGGAAGCGAGUGUGGAGGUGAUUGAGGUGAUGUCUCGCUUUGCUGUGAUUGAAAGAGCCAGCAUUGAUGAGGCCUACAUGGAUCUGACUGCUGCAGUCCAGCAGCGGCUAGAAAACAUGACUUAUCAACAAAUAGAGCCUCACCUGCUGAGGGCGACCUACAUCCAGGGGUACCCACAAAGUUCACCUGAACAGGAAACAUCUGUAGAGGACGCUGCCUUGGAUAAAGAGGAGCAGAGGUCCAGAGGUCUCCAGCAGUGGCUGGCAUCCUUACCAGCCCCUCUAUUAGGAGAACAGAGCCCUGCAGAACUGCAGCUAACUGUGGGGGCACUUAUUGUUGAGGAAAUGAGGGCAGCCGUGGAGAAAGACACAGGUUUCCGCUGUUCAGCAGGUAUAUCGCACAAUAAGGUAUUGUCCAAGCUAGCUUGUGGUCUGAACAAACCUAACCGACAAACUGUUCUGCCUUUGGACUCUGUGACAGAACUUUUCAACUCUCUACCCAUCAGCAAGAUUCGUAACCUGGGGGGUAAGCUGGGUGCCUCCAUUUCAGAAACUCUGGGAGUAGAGAACAUGGGAGAUCUGACUCGCUUCUCUCAGGCUCAUCUGGGACAGCACUUUGGAGAAAAGACAGGCCAGUGGCUGUAUGACUUAUGUCGGGGGAUUGAGUUUGAAGCAGUGAAACCCAGACAGCUACCUAAGUCCAUCGGCUGCAGUAAAAACUUCCCUGGGAAGACAUCGCUGGCUACAAAAGAGCAGGUACAGUAUUGGCUUCAUCAACUGGCCCUUGAGCUGGAGGAGAGGCUUACCAAAGACAGAGAAGUGAAUGGUCGAGUGGCUAAGUCGUUGACAGUUGGUGUACGUCAGCUUGGGGAUAAGAGGCCGAGCAGCUUCUCUCGCUGUUGUGCUUUAGUGCGCUACGAAGCGACCAAACUAUCCAGUGACAGCUUUGCCAUUAUCAAGAGUCUAAACACAGCAGGAAACCACCAGGCAGCAUGGACUCCACCCCUCACUCUGCUACACCUCUCAGCUAGCAAGUUCAGUGAUUCUCCAUCAGCAGGGGGCAUUGCUGGCUUUCUUUCCAGUGAUGUCACUGCAACCCAGAGUCUUUUCUCCACCACUCAGUCCUCUAUCCAGCCACCUUCUGAACUGAAAAAUGACUCCACAUGCAAACAACAUGGCACCAUCCAGUCCUUCUUUCAAAAGGCAGCUGAGAAACAAAGACUGAAGGUUACAAAAGAUGUACAUGAGGAAGACGGCGACGAUAUAGGCUCCACAGGGAUUCUCCCAUCUUCCUCCUCUCACAAAACCUCUGCUACUGAUAGUCAGUUGGAGGCAGAUAUCAAUUGCCCUGUUUCUUCCUUUUCACCCUUUUCUCACUCUAAAAAUGCUUCAGCCAGCCACCAUUCUGGCAUUUCCUAUUUCUUCCACAGGAAGAAUCUUGAAAGAAGCACACAGGCCUUAGCCUUGGCAUUAAACAAGCCUGAAAUGGAACAUAAGCCUGGACUCGACAAUGAAGAAGACUCAGAAGACACUGUUGCUGCUGUGUCAGGGCUACAGGCAAAACAAAGCUCAUCUCAGCAGUCACCAUGUAAAGAGUUAAGGGAUGAACUGGACAUUUUUCCAGAGGUAAACAGUCAUCCUUCCAGUGUAGCCAGAGAAGACCUGCUAAACUGUGAACGCUGUGGCCAGGAGGUGUUGGUCUGGGAAAUGCCUGAACACAAUGACUAUCACUUUGCCCUGGACCUCCAGAAUUCACACUCUUCAUCAACAGGUUCAGCACCCAUCUCCUCCUCUUCCUCCAUCAUCUCUUCUUCUUCCAAUGUCUCUCUAACUCCUCUCAGACCCCAGUCUUCACGUGGCAAGGCUAAAACCAAAGGCCAGACAGGGCCACAACCGAAAAGGCAUCGCUCCCAAGGUGGGAGUACGGGCACUCUGGAUUCUUUUUUCAAGAGGCGCUAAGAUGUGCUGUAGAGCUGCCUUUUUAAAUAAAAUACAGAGUUCUGAGAAAGCAUAUAUAUCAAACAUGUACAAAGAAAGUCAAUGUAUUUGCUUAAAGAAAGGAAAGCCAUUUUGUAACAGGAUACACUGUGACUUGUUUUCAACGAUCAAUGUUAUUGUGAUUUAUUUUAUAAGAAUGUCUACAAAUUACAGAAGGGGUCUAUUUAUGCACUUCGUUACACAUUUGCCUUUUUAUUUAUAAAGGGAAAAGGCAAUACUUUUAAGGAAACUAUUUUGUAACCAGCAUAUAUUAAAUAUACUUUUAACAUUUUGUAGUCAUGUACGUGAUGUCUGAUGUGCCAGCAGAUGCCAGUAAUCAGUUGAAUAUAGUGCAGAAAUCCACUUAAGUGUGAAUAUAAAGUUUUCUUGUGAGCUUAAAAGAUACAGAAAGUGAGUAUAUAUUUGAAAUACUGAUAAAAUGCAUGAUGGCCAGUACGAUAAGAGCAAUUGCACCGUUAGAGCGGAGUCGUCCUGUUUUGUUUACA